AUGACAGCAACACCUUCGAUGAGUAAUGGUAUUGACCUCGACAAUAUCUAUCUUAUAUGGCUUGAUGCUAAAAUAGAUGAAGAAACUCAAAAACAUUUUCGUUCGAUCAUUCAUCAAUUUAAAGCAUUUGACAAUAUUGAAGAAUGUGAAAAUUAUAUACGCCAUAAAUCAUAUUAUGAUCGAAUUUUUCUUAUUGUUAGUGGACAGUUAGGUCGUCAAAUAGUUCCACAUAUUUAUCAACUUCGACAAGUCUGUUCUAUUUAUGUUUAUUGUCAAGACAAGCAAAGAAAUAAAGAAUGGGCUCGUAAAUUUACUAAGGUAAAAAGUGUUGCUGUAGAAUUAAAGUCACUUAUUAAUCAAAUUCAAUCUGAUUAUUCAAAACAUAUUUCACAUAAAAUUGACGAAGCAUUUCCAAUAACUAUUUAUUCCUCAGAUAAUGUAUCCAAUGAUUAUUAUCAUUCUCAAUUAAUUAUUGAUACUCUUUUUCAAAUGAAAACAAUUACAACUGAUAAAGACGAAUUUAUUAAAAUAUGUUCGAAUACAUAUUCAAAUGAUAAUAAUACAUUAUUAAUAAUUCAAGAAUUUGAACAAAAUUAUCAUUCUAAUCAAGCAUUGUGGUGGUAUACACGUGAAUCAUUUCUUAGUCGUUUAUUAAAUAAAGCAUUAAGUAUCAAAAAUCUUGAUCUAUUAUUUUUCUGUGGAUUUUUUCUUCGUGAUAUACAAAAACUUAUAGAAAAAAAUCAAUGUAAUGCAUCUAUACAAGUUUAUCAUGGUCAACUAAUGUCAAAUGAUGAAUUAAAUACACUCCUAAAUUCUGUGGGUCAUUGUAUUUCAAUAAAUACAUUUUUAUCAGCAGUAUUUAAUCGUAAGCAAAUAAUAUCAUCUUUAAAUGAAUUUUCUACACAAGAAGGUUUAGUACGAGUAUUAUUUGAAAUUGAUGCUGUUACUUCAACAGAUAAAUCCAAAGCAUUUGCUAUUAUAACCCAAUUUACAUAUCUUCCUGUUGAAAAAAAAGUUUUAUUUAUGUUAGGAUCAGUUUUCCAAUUGACUAAUAUUUGUUUAGAUAGUAAAAAUAAUUUAUGGAUUAUUAAAAUUAUUUUAGUUAAUAUUAAAAAAGAUUAUGAUGAUACAAAUCUUAUUUCAUGUGGACAUAUACUAAGACAAAUGGAAAAAUUUGACGAUGCUGAAAAAUAUUUUUCUCGUCUAUUAAAAGAAAUACCUGAAGAUCAUGAAGAUUUUUCACAAUGUUAUCAAGCACUUGGUCUUAUAUGUUUUGAAAAAACUAAUUAUGAAUUAAGUCUUUAUUGGUACUCUCAAGUAAUAAACCUUUUAAAAUCGAAUGAUCCAAAUUUAGCUAGUACUUAUUAUUCUAUUGGUUGUAUUUAUCAAAAAUGUGAUGAUUAUAAUCAAGCAUUAGAAAAUUAUAAUGAAGCUUUACAUAUUUGGAAAGAAAUUUAUGGUGAUAAUCAACCAAUUCAAAUGGCUGAAUGUUUAAAUAAUAUGGGUUGUAUAUAUGAAAAAGAAGAAUUCUAUUCAUUAGCAUUACAAUAUCAUCAAGAAGCUUUAUCUAUACGUGAUAGAUUUCAGAUAGAUAUUGAAUCAACAUAUAAUAAUAUUGGUAAUAUUUAUUUUUGGCUUGGUGAAUAUGAUGUUGCAUUAGAAAGUUAUCUCUAUUCAUUCGAAAUGAAAAUUAAAACACUUUCAUUAGAAGAUCCAUCUUUAGGAAAAACAUUAGCAAAUAUGGGUCUUGUUUAUGAAGAAGAUGAAAAUUUUGAAGAAGCUUUAAAAGCUUAUAAAAGAGCAGCAUUAAUUUUUGAAAAUAUUUUUUCAUCAACACAUCCCAGGUCAAACACCCCCGGUCGUAAACGAUCGUAA